AUCCUGCGUGCGCCCUCAGUACUCUGCCUGCAUCCCAGGAGCAUCUUGCCAGUACCCUCUGUGCAUCUCCUUUAUCCCAGGAGCAUCCUGCUGUACCCUCAGUGCACUGCCCACGCCAUGGCCGCACUGCCCGCAUCCUGGCGAGCCCCUUGUUCACAGUGGCCGCACCGUGACCGCCCUGCCCGCAGCCCCGCACGCUGCCGGCACAUUGUCCGCCCUGCCCGCAUCCCGCAAGCAUCCUUCCUGUACCCUCAAUGCACCGCCCGCACCCUGCCCGCACCGCCAUCCAGCAGCCACGCCGGUGUAUUUCCCCCUCCCGGACACCGGAUGGAGCGGAUGAUCGUCAGUAUGCAGGACCCCGACAUGGGCAUCAAGAUGAGGAACCAGCGCUUGCUCAUCACCGUCAUCCCCCACGCCAUGACAGGGAACGACAUCGUGGAGUGGCUCAUCCAGAAGUACGGCAUCUCCGAGGAGGAGUCGCUGCACCUCGGCAACCUCAUCGUGAAGCACGGCUACAUUUACCCGCUCAAGGACCCGCGCAGCCUGGUGCUGCGGGCGGAUGAGUCGCCCUAUCGCUUCCAGACCCCCUAUUUCUGGACCAGCACCAAGUGGCCAGCCACGGAGCUGGAUUACGCCAUUUACCUGGCCAAGAAGAACAUCCGCAAGCAGGGUGAUCUGAUCGAACACGAGAAGGACAACUACAACCUCCUGCACAAGCGGAUCAACCACACGUGGGACUUCGUGGUGAUGCAGGCACGGGAGCAGCUCCGGGCAGCCAAGCAGCGGCGCAAGGGCGACCGCAUCGUCAUCGACUGCCAGGAACAGGCGUACUGGCUCGUCAACCGGCCCCCGCCAGGAGCCCCCAACGUGCUGGAGCAGGGUCCCGAGCGCAGGAACUGCCACACCACCCGUGUGCAGCUGACCAAGAACAUGGAUUACUACAAGCGAGAGAUCGAGUACUGCAGGAAGGCCAUGGCCAGGACCAGGGUGAAGUCCUCCAUCUGCCUGGAGGGGUACAUCAAGUUCAACGAGCAGUAUGUGCCCCAUGAUCCCAUCAUGUCCGGCUGCCUGCCCAGCAAUCCCUGGAUCACAGAUGACACCACGUACUGGGCCAUGAAUGCCCCCACAGUGACGACCCCCACAAAGCUGCGCGUGGAGCGCUGGGGCUUCAACUUCAGUGAGCUCAUCAACGACCCCCUGGGCCGGGCACAGCUCCUCGAAUUCCUCAAGAAGGAGUUCAGUGCUGAGAACCUGAGCUUCUGGGAGGCGUGUGAGGAGCUGCGCUACGGGGAGCAGUCCCGCAUCGCCGAGAUCGUGGACUCCAUCUACCAGCAGUUCCUGGCUCCCGGGGCCACGCGCUGGGUGAACAUCGACAGCAAGACGAUGGAGCGAACCCUGGAGGGCAUCAAGACGCCCCAUCGCUACGUGAUGGACGAUGCCCAGAUGCACAUCUACAUGCUGAUGAAGAAGGACUCCUACCCGCGGUUCCUCAAGUCGGACCUCUACAAGAACCUCCUGGCCGAGGCCGUCAUUCCACCGGAGACCAAGAAGCGGGUGUUCCCCUUCAUGCGCAAACAGCGGCAUUCCAGCCCCAGCCCGGCCCUGCUGCUGCCCGCGGGCGAUACCGAGGAGAGGAACAAGAGCCCUUCCACCGCCCCCGUCCCCGAGGAGGAGAGCUGAGAGCCGCGGCCAGUACGGGAGCCCCUGACCCAGCACACCCAGCCCCGCCGCAGGACCCUGCCGGCAGUAGCACUGAAGGAGAGAAGCCAUAUCCCCCCAGCCCAGCGGAGCCCCCGCUCACAUCCCCGCACCCUCCUCUCCCUCGGGGAAGCCGCACCCAGCCGGCCUGGUGCGGGGUCACCCCCUCCUCCCACCCCACCCCGGGCACCAGACAGUAAAACCCCAGACGUGGGGAAA